AUGCCUCACUUCUCCUCUGCCGCAUCCAACUCGUCCACCGCGACACCUGAUGCUCAAUCUUCAGGCUUGACCACACCCGUCUCGGAGUACAACCAAUUGAACCCCGCCAAGGAUGUCGCCGUCGUCGGUAUGGCCUGUCGGCUCUGGCAGUCACUCCUGCAGAAGAAAGAUGCCUCGGGCGAGAUUCCCGAGAUGCGCUGGGAGCCCUACCUGCGCCGCGACUCGCGCAACGCCAAGAUCCUCAAGGAGACCACCUCGCGCGGCUACUUCCUCGACCGGCUCGAGGACUUUGACGGCCAGUUCUUCGGCAUCUCCCCCAAGGAGGCGGAGCAGAUGGACCCCCAACAGCGCCUGUCCCUCGAGGUCACCUGGGAGGCCCUGGAGAACGCGGGUAUUGCGGCCAAGUCACUCUCCGGCAGUGACACCGCGCUGGUGCUGGAGGACCUGCCCAACGUGGAGGCGUGGAUGGGCAUUGGCACGGCGUACUGCGGCGUGCCCAACCGGAUCUCCUACCACCUGAACUUGAUGGGUCCCAGCACCGCUGUCGAUGCGGCUUGCGCUUCCUCGCUCGUCGCUGUCCACCACGGUGUCCAGACCAUCAUCUUGGGCGAGUCGAAGGUUGCCAUCGUUGGAGGUGUCAACGCCCUGUGUGGGCCUGGGUUGACUCGCGUGCUUGACAAGGCCGGUGCCGUCUCUUCUGAAGGACGGUGCUGCUCCUUUGACAAUGAUGUCAAGGGGUACGGCCGUGGCGAAGGUGCCGCCGCGAUUGUCCUGAAGAACCUUUCGGCGGCCAUCAAGGACGGCGACCACAUCAUGGCCGUCAUCAAGGGCACCGCCGUGGCCCAGGACGGCAAAACCAACGGGAUCAUGGCCCCCAAUGCAAAGGCCCAGCAGCUGGUCGCCCACAACGCUCUGAAAGUCGGCAACAUUGACCCCCUGACCGUUGGCUACGUCGAAGCCCAUGCCACGUCCACUCCCCUGGGCGAUCCCACCGAGGUCUCCGCCAUCGCUGCCGUCUAUGGCGUUGACCGAGAUCCGGAAGCUCCAUGCUUCAUUGGCUCCAUCAAGCCGAACAUCGGUCACUUGGAGGCGGGCGCUGGCGCCAUGGGCUUCAUCAAGGCCGUCAUGGCCGUGCAGAAGGGUGUUCUGGCCCCGCAAGCCAACCUCACCACGCUGACCAAGAAGAUUGACUGGGAUAACGUUGGGCUCAAGGUCGUUCAACAAGAGACCAAGUGGCCAUCCACCGACGAUGUUCGUCGGGCUGCUAUCUGCUCCUAUGGCUAUGGCGGUACCGUCUCCCACGCGGUCAUUGAGCAGUUCAACUUCCCCGAGACAUUGGAUCUCAAGCCCGGCGCGUCCGCCACCAACCCUACCGUGCUGCUGGUCUCCGGGCCCCAGGAGAAGCGCCUGCCCAUUCAGGCUCGUGCCCUCCGGGACUGGUUGCAGGCGGAGGGCUCUCAGCAGAAUCUCCAACGGGUGGCCGCGACGCUGGCCGUCCGGCGCGAUCACCACGACUACCGCGCCGCCGUCGUGGUCGAAAGCAAGGAAGAUGCCAUCCAAGCUCUGGGCCAGCUGGCCGACGGGGCCAACGACGCGUGGACCUCGCAGAGCCGUGUCUUUGGCUCUGGGAUCAACCGGGACGUGUGGGCCGACAUGGGCAAGGAGUUGUUGCAGAACCCGAUCUUCUACCAGGCCGUGCAGCCUUUGGACGAGAUCGUCGAGGCGGAGAUCGGUCUCUCGCCCAUUGCCCUCCUCCAGAGCGGCGAGUUCGAAGCCUCCGACCACGUCCAAAUCCUGACCCACGGGGUGUACCCUCAGGCAAUCAUCGGCCACUCGGUUGGUGAAGAGGGCGCCGUCAUGGGCCAGGGCGGUAUGAUCCUGGUCAACAAGCCCUAUGCUGAGGUGGCCGAAGAAUUGGCCGGUCGCGAGGAUCUCGUCGUCGCGAUUGACUCCUCGCCCUCGUCCUGUGUCGCGGCCGAGUUCACGGAGCGAUCCAUCAAGACCUUCACCGUCCGCACCGACAUCGCCUUCCACAGCCCUAUGCUCAACCAGCUUGUGGCCCCCUUGAUGCAGUCCCUGGAGGGUAGUCUCGCUCCCACUACCCCAACUCGCGCGAAGCUCUACUCGACCUCCCUGCGCGACCCUCGAGGCAGCGACUUGCGCGAUGCCACCUACUGGGCGAACAACAUGGUCAACCCGGUUCACCUCACUUCCGCCGUGCAGGCGGCCCUUGACGACUCCUACCGCGUCUUCUUGGAGGUAUCCUCUCACCCACUGGUCUCGCACUCCAUCAACGAGACCAUCAUGGAUGCCGGCAUCGAGGAUUACUGCAUGAUCCCGACCCUGGCGCGCAAGAAGCCCAGCGAGAAGAGCAUCCUCCACGCGAUCGGCCAGCUGCACACUCGCGGUGCCAACGUCGACUGGAAGUCGCAGCUCUCCGGUCCCUGGGCGGGCGGGCUGCCCAACACCAGCUGGAUGCACAAGCCUACCUGGCGGCAGAUCGGGGCUGGUCCUGUGAGUACUUCACAGACUCACGAUGUCGAGAAGCACACGCUGCUGGGCCAGCGCAUUGGGGUGGCUGGGACGGACACGGUGGUGUACACCACCCGCCUGGACAAUGAGAGCAAGCCCUUCCCAGGCAGCCACCCUCUGCAUGGCACCGAGAUUGUGCCGGCCGCUGGGCUGGUUAACACCUUUGUCAAGGCCACUGGAGCCAAUGUGCUGAACAAUGUCGUCCUCCGUGUGCCAGUGGCCAUCAACGCCCCGCGGUCAGUGCAGGUUGUCGCUCAGCGCGAAGACGUCAAGAUCAUGUCUCGCCUGAUCCAGGAGAACGAGGGGACCAACGAUGACUCCUCGUGGGUCACCCACACCACUGCGCGAUGGGAGUCGACCUCUUCUUCUCCAGUCCCAGCUCAGAUCAACGUGGAAGCGACCAAGGCCCGCAUUGGGACGCGUCUGCGCGAUGACUUCUCGAUCGACUAUCUCGACAAGGUCGGCGUGUCUGCCAUGGGCUUUCCCUGGGCCGUGACCGAGCAUUACGGGAACACCAAGGAGAUGAUUGCCCGGGUUGACGCUGCUCCCUCUGUCGCGGCUGAUGCUGAGCUCCCCUGGGAUGCGUCUUCCUGGGCCCCCAUCCUGGACGCCGCCACCUCCGUGGGAUCGACCAUCUUCUUCAACGAACCCCGCCUGCGCAUGCCAGCCCAGAUCGAGCGGGUCGAUAUCUUCACCCGCGCCAACCCGCCUAAGGUCGGCUGGUUGUACGUGCAGGAGGCCUCCGACACAGCGCUGGCGUCGCAUGUCAGCGUCUGCGAUGAGGCGGGCAACGUCGUCGCCAAGUUCACCUCCAUGCGCUUCUCGGAGAUUGAGGGCACGCCCGGCGUCAGCGGGAGCAUGGAGAGCCUCGUCCAUCAGAUGGCCUGGCCGCCUGCGGUGCCAGCCGAGGAGCCUCUGCCCAUCAACCAGCUCCUCCUCGUCUCCGAGGACGUUGCGCUCCGCGAAGCCUACGCCGCCACCAUCCCGUCUCCCAUCCAAGUGACCCAGCUCGCCCACUCGACCGACCUGAUCAUCAACCGCGCCGACUCCCUGCUCACCAAAGAGACCGUCAUUGUCUACAUCCCCAGCCAGGUGUCCUCCCUGCAGGACGUCCCCAAGUCGGCCGAGGCAUUCACCUGGCAACUGCUCGAACUCGUCAAGUUCGUGGUCAACAACGCUCUGCCCCUCAAGAUCUUUGUCGUCACCUCCAACACCGGGGAGGGCGAGACCGCGACGGCUCUGGCGCACGCACCGCUCGUCGGUCUCAGCCGAGUCAUCGCCAGCGAGCACCCCGACCAAUUUGGCGGGUUGAUCGACACCGAAGUGCCCACCUUCCCCUUGACAACGAUGCGCUACAUCCAGGGCGCCGACAUCAUCCGCAUCCGCGACGGCGUGGCUCGCACGAUGCGUCUGCGCUCACUGCCCCGCCACCGUCUCAUCCAGCAGCAGGACCAACAGCCACAGCAGCCGCAGCUCCUUCCCCGUCCCGACGGCACCUACCUCAUCACCGGCGGCCUAGGCGCCCUAGGCCUGGAAGUCGCCGAUUUCCUGGUCACGCAGGGCGCGCGCCGCGUGAUCCUCAUCUCCCGGCGGGGCCUCCCGGCUCGCCGUCUGUGGUCGAAGAUGGAGCCGUCAUCGCCUCUGGCCCCGACCAUCGCCAAGAUCCUCGACCUCGAGGCCCGCGGAGCCACCAUUCACGUCCUAGCCCUGGACAUCAGCCUGCCUACUGCAGCAGACUCCCUGACCACCGCCCUCGACACUCUAUCCCUCCCCCCCGUACGGGGCGUAGUCCACGCUGCCGGCGUGCUAGACAACGAACUCGUCCUCGACACGACCCAGGACGCGUUCGCGCGGGUCCUCGCCCCCAAGAUCACCGGUGGGCUAAUGCUGAACGAAGUGUUCCCGCCGCAGAGCGUGGACUUCUUCCUCCUGUUCUCCUCGUGCGGGCAGCUGGUGGGUUUCACAGGGCAGAGCUCCUACGGCGCGGGCAACAGCUUCCUGGACACACUGGCCUCUCACCGGCAGGCACAGGGCGACCGGGGCGCGCGGGCAUUCCAAUGGACCGCGUGGCGGGGGCUGGGGAUGGGCGCCAGCACGGAUUUCAUCAACGCGGAGCUGGCCAGCAAGGGGAUCACGGACGUGACGGCGGACGACGCGUUCGCGGCGUGGCGGCACGCCGCGCGCUACGAGGGCGUCGACCACGCAGUGGUGCUGCGCGCGCUGCCCCUCGACGCCGACGAGCCCCUGCCCUCCCCGGCCCUGGCCGAUAUCAUCGUCCGCCGCUCCGCCGACCCCGCCUCCUCCUCCUCCGCAUCAUCGACCUCAUCCUCCGAAAAACAGAGCAUCCCCACCUCCGGCCCCGAGCUGAAGACUUACCUCGACAAGGCGAUCCGCGGCUGCGUCGCCGCCGUGCUGCACCUCCCCGCCGCCGACGAGGUGGACAGCAAGGCCGCGCUGGCGGACCUGGGCGUCGACUCCGUCAUGACCGUCACCCUGCGGCAAAAGCUGCAGCAAGCCUUGCGGGUCAAGGUGCCCCCGACGCUGACCUGGAGCCAUCCCACCGUCGGACAUUUGGUGGGCUGGUUCGCCGAGAAGGUGGGCAAGGAGUAG